AUGCCCGCAGCCACAACCAGGCCCAAGCUGGGCAAGCUCUCCACCCCAGUGACGAGCACGUUUCCCUCAGAUAUACACUCAGCAACCGCGGCCACUCCGAGGUCUGCUCUUCCUUUCGCCUACAAGCCUGACCCGAGCUACAUCAAGACGCCCAUUAGCCCACCAUUGGCCUACACCGACUUCCUGUCCAAGGCCCUCACUCUGGGUUCACCGGCCUUGGCGCCGGGCGAAAUUUCCCCAGAGUCUGCCCCGACAUCUGCCGCCAGCGACAAGUCGGAUUCGUCCUCGACCGAUGAGCGCCCCUCCCCGGCUUCAAGCGCCGCCAGCAGCAAACCGUCAUCGCCCGCGUCAGCGACGGCAGUCCCUCCCACUCCAUUCACGGCGCCUCUACCCAUGUCGGCUCCUCCUACUGGAGCACAUUGCUUUCCCAGCUUGAAAGUGCCCCCCAGUCCUGCCAUCUCCAACCUCGACUCUCCCUUGAGCUCGAGACUCAUUGGCUCCCCGUUCAGCGCCCGAUCCAUUCACUCCGUGUUCGACUGGGACGCCGCUCUCAAGGCUCGCCUAGAAGCGAAGAAGCCAAAGUCGUCACGGAGUGUACGGCACAUCCGGGAGGUGGUGACUAGGACCGUCACUUACACCCCCAAGAUGGAGCCUGCUCCUCGAGGCAAGCGACGGAAGGUGGAGUAAGGAGGAGGGGAGAGGGAAAAGCAUCCUUGGAAUCAUGCUUGAUUCACACAACGCCUACGACAAACUCUGCUUCUACAACAACCUGAUUUGGUGAUGGCGAUGCUAUCAUCCUGCACACCUUUUAACUACCAACACACCAACUGUACACCAACCAUGAUCGACAACACUGGGUGUUUUCACUUCUUGUCUUCACGACUGCACGUCUCCCUGUGGGAGACCCCAAAAAGCAUGAUGCCAGAGAAUUGGAAGGGUGAGCUGCUUCCAAUUCUUGAUCGGCUAUUUAUUUUUUUCACGAAACCUUCAGCACUAAUACGCUGGUCGAAGCUGAAGUUGACGAUGCGAUGGAUUACAUUUGGACCCGGGUGAGUCCCGGAAUGACACUGCUACUGGCGUAUCAUGGAAGAGUGAUGUGGGGA